AGUUUGUGUCAUGCAAGGAAGUUUCUUCAUAUUUGCUUUCUGUCUUCGGGCUAGAAGAUGUGCACCCACCAAGUUAUGCUCACAAUGAUGGGAAUAUUCAGUUCACCUACAAAACGACUUCUGGAAGUGCUGCAGAACUUUCCAUUCAAGAAGAUAACAAGAAGGAAAACCUUGUUUGCUAUUUGUCACCACCAAUUACUUCUACAUCUAGUAAUAAUGAAAUGCAGGUCACCUUCAAGAUUGAGGAUGCAAUGGAGGUUCAAGUAGGAGAGAUAUUGAAAUGCCACAAAUGUACCUUGUCAUUUGAUGAGAUGGAUGAUUUGUUGCACCACCAGGUAACACGUCACAGGAGAAAGAGAUCGAAAUUUGGUUCCUCCAUCACCGAUGGGGUAAUAAUCAAAGAUGGAAAAUAUGAGUGCCAGUUCUGCCAUAAGAGAUUUAAUGAGAGGCAUCGUUACAAUGGCCAUGUUGGUGCUCAUGUAAAAAACCACGUGAAGAAUGCUGACGCAUCACCAGGUGAAAAUGUGGGAAUGAGUGUUGACCUAUCUUCAUCUGAUAUUCCUCGAAGGGAAUAUUUUUUGCAAGGGUCAAAUGGGGGUGAGAGCAAUAUUGUUACAGAAACUUUUGGUGCCAUAUGUGAUGAUGAACAGAAUUCUGAUUCCCGUCAGGGUAAUUUUAAAUCAGGUUCUAGUUCAGAAAAUUUUACUGGCAAGAAAGAUCAUGGACCAGAAUGUCUGGAUCAUUACGAACAGCAUUUACAAGCGAACAGAGACCAAAAAGCUUCAACUGAAGAAUCUGGUGAUAAGCAGGACAAAGAUUGUAUGAUUGAUGGUAAAGUGGGAAGAGUAGAUGAUGCUACAGAUGUUGUUGCAGCUAAAUCUAGUAUAUGUUUAGAUUCCGAAGCUGUAAGGUUUAAUAAUGAGAACAACAGCAACUGUGAAACAUCUGGCGGAACACAAGUUACUGCGUUUGUUGCCAACGGAUUCAACAGAUGUUUCAGUGGGCAGGGAAUAAGUUCUGAAAGUUGCUUGCUUUCUGAAUCUCUAAAUGACCAAAUAUCUAAUGUUGACAAUGUGACUGGAGUUUCUACUUGCACAGAGGAGCCCAAUCAGGAAGCAGUUUCUGAAAGUGGUUUACUUACUUCAAAUUGCAAAGAUAAGACAUGUGAUGGUGAAAAUGUGGAUGAUAGGAAUGUUAUAACCACUAUCAAUAAGAUCAAUCUUGAUGGGAAUGAAUUUGCAAGUAAUGAGUCAACAUUUGGUAGUGGCAAUGGUCAUGCUGGGUUGGAUGAAAACAAUGUGAUUGGAGUCAAGCAGCAUUGUAGCUCUGAAGGCCAUUUACUUGUUCCAAAUGAGGAUGAGCUGAAAUUGAGCGAUGUUGAUACUGUCAAGCAGCAGAGAGGUUUUGAAAGCAGUGUACUAACUCCCUCUAAUGAUAAGGAAACAUGUUUUGAAGACAAUUUGAAUAGGGGUUUCCCUAACUUGGUAGGUGAGCACAAAGUUAAUGGAAUAUUCUAUUUGGGGAGCGAUGAGUGCAGCGGCUAUGCUCGAUCAAACAAGGAUGCUCUGACUAGCCUUGAGGAGGAAAGACAAUUUCAAGGCUGUUCAAUUGUUCCAUCUCCGAAUGCGCAACCAUGUGUUAUAAAAAAUCAUGGGAAUGAUGUUUCCACUUGCCCGGUCGAGGAGCGCAGGCAAGUAAAAAGUUCUGAAAGCCGUUUACUUUCUCUCUCUGAUUAUGGGCAAAACUGUGGUGUUGAGGAUUAUCUGGAUAAGGUUUCUACAAGGAAAAUGGUGGGGCCUGACAUUGACGAAGUCCAAACUUCUAGGAACAGUGCACAGACUAUUCCUUUUGGCAGCAGUCAUAGUGCACUGAAUGCAGACGCUGUGACUAGUGCUAAGCAGGAUUCAUGUCUUGAGUUUUGCUCACUUUUCCCAUCUGGGAAUGAGCAGACAUUUUCUGCUGAAGAUAAUGUAACUGGGGCUUACAGUAGUGCAAUGAAUUGCAGCGAGCGGGAAAAAUCUGCUGGUGGCUCACUUGGUCAGUCAUGUAUUGCAGAAUCGUCUUAUAAUGCAAAUACACUGAAUAGGAUUUACUCUACCCCACUAGAUGAUCCCAAACUUGAUGUGGUCCAAAAUUCCAGGAAUCAUGAGCUAAGUCUUACUUUUGGCCACCGACACACAGGGAUAGAUGCAGAUCCUGCUAGUGUUGGGCAGGAAAGAUAUCUUGCAGAUAGUUCCUUUGUUUCAUCUGGGUUCAAGCAUACAUUUGGUGCUCAAAGUAGUUUAAAUAGGAUUAACGAUAGUACGUUAGAAAAUCCACAGCAGGGAAGAGGUUCUGCAAGUGAUUUACGUGGUUUCAAUGACCAAACAUAUGGCUUUGAGAAUAGUUUUAAUAUGGUUUACCCUGGAAGAGUUUGGGAGGGGCCUAGCGUGGAUGAGGUUGGAAAUCCUGGCCACUGUAAGUUUUCAAUUGGUUUUGGUAGCAGCCAUGCUCAGCCUGCCGGGAAUGUCAUUGGUGGUGGAAUUUGGAGAUUUGGUGAAGAAAAUGGGUUACCAAAUGGUGUAGCCAAUACUUCAACCCCACUGCUGCAAUCAUCGAGCACUUUUCGCAACUUUGAUAUAAUUUCAGAUAAGGGAGACAAUGGAUUGUUUAGAGUCAAUGAGAAGUAUGACCGGAACAUGGGUUUUGAAGGGUUGAGCUCAGGUAGAACUGAACCUGUAGAAUACAGCUUCUUUACCACACAAAAUUCAGAUUCUCUUCCUGAGGACUCCAAGGUUUUUGCAUAUGGUGCGGAGAUGGAACAAGGAUUUGAUUCUUCCUUUUGGCUUGGAAAGGAUGCUUUGAUGCCAAAUAUAGGUGGCAGGAAUCAAGUUACUACGAUAUGUGUCUGGUGCAGAAGUGAGUUCUAUCAUGAGCCAGUCCAAUCUGGAACACAAACAGGUGAAAUUGGUUCCAUGUGUCCAACUUGCAGUGCAAAGAUCUCGAACCAAUUCAAUGUAUUUUAGUGUGGUUGGUCCAACCCUUAUCAUCCCCCAUGAGAAGCAUCUCAAAUUUUUAUUUUCAUACCAGGAUAAGGUCUCACAUAUAAGGUAAUUUCUGCAUCGAGGUAGGCUUACCAAACAUAGCACGGGUGGGGGAGAGAAAAUAUGUAUCUGAACAAAAAUUUAUGAUUCUAAAAAUGCCCAUUUGUAACUGUGAACUGAUCAUUUUAUUUCCUCAUUUGAGUCUGAUCAUUUCUUGCUGU